GCUGAAAAGUACUUUUAUUGGCCUUAUUCAUCUUUCCAGCGUAUGCCCAGGUGGUUCAUGACUUAUAUUGGCUCUUGGCGUCUGAUGAAUCGAUCAGCUAUAGCAGCCAACGAUUCUAAUUGUUCUAUGGAUAGCUUCUAAACUCCCUCCAGAAGCCUCCGGGUGCAUUCUAUAAGUACGGGAGAAAGGAAUAGAACAAAUUGUCGCCGUAUGGGCUCCGUACUUAAAUUUGCCUUAUACUGCGCCAGCUCAAUUCAUUCCAAGAAUCAACUUUCUCUUGAUCUCUUGUCAUCAAUAACAUUCACUAAAGAACAUAUGAUUGGUUUCAUUCACCACGAUCUGCUUUUGCCAUAAAGCUGUUAAGACAACUACAGGGCACCUAAACAUUCUGUUUAGAAACCAUCAAGCAAAUAUGGAAAACGUGUCAGUGCCGAACCUGCAAAUAGUUAUCAGCAAAAUGGAGGUUAAGAUACGAGAUCUAUAUGCCUCGAAUGAUCCUGACAGCAUUGUAUAUCGAGAGAAGCCACGCUACUUCUACGCGCCCUUGCAUUCUAAGUUCAAUGGACCUCUGAAUUUUAAGUCUGACAUUUUGAUGAAAGAUAUCGAUUGGCAAACAUUUAGUCCGCCAGCAGAAAUACUAUCUGGAGUGGCAGCUUUCAAUAGCUCCAAAUGGGCUAUCCCGGAACUAUCUACAAUAAUCACAAAAUCUAUAGGUGAAGCUAUGUCGCGCAAAAGCUUGAAACUUCUCGAAGCUGCAUCUCAAUCAAACAAAACGACCAUUAUAUCAGCCCCUGGCAAGAGUUCUCAAUCAUAUACUUCAUCCAAUGUCACUGUGGCAGGACCAUCAAGACCAAAGCUUCAAACAACUGCAACGGACAAGGAUCCAUCGAGUAUAGAGGGAAGAGAAAAAUCUCUAGUGACCAGUCAACUAUCAAUGGAGACUAUCACUACGCCUGAUUCCGGAUACAUUCCCGCUGUAGACAGAUCUGAUUUAGAAUCAAGUUCAAGGCUUUCUCGUCAGGGAUAUAGCAAAUUAGCCCCUCUUGCUAGGUUUGUUAAGAUGCUUAAGAAGAGACAGGGCAAGGGCAAAUCUGUAGUUGCAGAGUCUAUUAGAGAAUGCGUCUCGUGCUUAGAUGAUUUCCCGGGGAGUGGUAUGGUUCAUUUGCAGUGUCACGAUUAUUGCAAAGACUGUUUCGAAAGACUAGUCAUUACUGCCAUGGAAAAAGAGUCGUUAUGGCCUGUUAAGUGCUGUCUCAACGUUAUACCACAUAAGGUCAUUGUAAAAAACAUCAAAUCAAACCUAGCAAAAGAAUUUCGACUGAAGGCUUCAGAGCGGGAGAUCGAUGUAGGAGACCGAAUCUAUUGUGUUAAGCCAAGAUGUGAAAGGUGGAUUUCCAACAAUUCGAUCAACAAAAGUAUUAAAUGCGCAUCUUGUCCUUCUUGCAAAACAAAGGUGUGUAUCAGUUGCAGAGGUCCAUGGCAUGCAAAGAUGGAAUGUCCUCAGGAUAAAGAUUUUCAAGCUACAGUCAGGUUAGCAGAUGAGCGAGGGUGGAAGCAAUGUUACAACUGCAUGAUUUUCAUCGAACUCAACCAAGGAUGUAGGCAUAUGAGAUGCCAUUGUAAAGCCGAAUGGUGUUACGUUUGUUCUGCCAAGUGGAAGACCUGUGAAUGUACAGAAGCAGAGCUUAAUAGGUUAGUGCUAGACUUGCAACUCAGACAAGAAGCUGUUGCUCUAGAAAGGCAGUUACAGGCAAUAAGUACUGGGCAAGACGAAGAACAAAUCAGACGGGAGGUGGUAAUAAUCGGGAAUGCGGCAGAAGAAGAACGCAUUGCUAUUCAAAUGGUCGAGGAUCUCAAACGACGAGAAGCUGAAGAAUUAGGAAGAGAAGUCGAACUUGCUUUUCAAUUGGAGGAAGCCAUUCGACGUCGCCAAGAGGAUGAAAGGGUUGCAGAAAUAGCUUUCACUUUUGGGAAAAUAAGAGAAGAGCUGAAUGCGUUACAUCAUUCACAAAAGUCACGACUUGCUGCUCGCUCGCAGGAAGAAUUUCAAAUGUUACAAGAACGAGAAAAUGGGUUCUACAAGCUAAAAAUCCAGCAUGAAAGCGAAUGUGAUCAGUUAGAGAGGGAAUACGAAACAGAAUACUCGAACCAAGAGCUUCGUUUCCGAAAUGAAUACAAUCAACUUCAGGAAGAGGAAAUCCGUGCUGUGAAGGAAAAUACGGAAAAGCUUGAAGAAUUCUGGAAAGACAAAUCGAAUGCUGCAUACAAUAUUCGCGCUGCGAAAAACUCACAUCAGGACAGUUGUAAUGCAGCGUUCAGAAACUGGGACUUGGACAGGGAAACUGCUCUACAAGAGUGCACCAAGAAUUUCGAGUUAAAGAAGUCAUCUCUGGUGAAGUACCACAAUUUGGAUGUUGCCGAUUCCAGGCGGAAAGUGAAAGAUGAGUGGAGAGAGUGGGCAAGAAACAAGGUCGCCGAGGUCCAAUGGUUUGACGCUGUUAUUGCUGAGCGAGAACAUAUGUUACAAACUCUAGAGAAUGAGCAGUAUACAAUGGUCACAGCAGAGUAUGAAAGAGGCAGAGAAUUGUAGGUUUUAUAACUAUUUGUACGAUGGAGCUAUGACUUUGAUAUAAGCAUCAUCACAUAUCACUAGCUGUGCGGGGUGAUAGAAGUUUGUCCUAUUGUUCCGUCGCACAUUUGUGUCUGAAACAUAUAUGUCGGAGAUCAAAACGUGAUACCAUGGCUUCGGAACAUGGCUCGGGAGCCAAUGAGGGGAAUUUCGGAAGGGUUUCCAUCCGUAAUCGAAGACCUGCUGGCUGAAAACCAGUACAUACUCGGAGAUUAAUCUCUUUUUUGCAUACCUUUUCUUGGUUUAGAUGAUAUAAAUCAUCGUGGAGAGAUCGGACGAAGUUUCAAUAGAUGCUUCACAAAAGAUCAUACGUCUUUGAGUGAUAGUGAGGAAAUUUUUAUUGGUGAUUUGGUGUUCAUUUGUGAGAGAGCGUGUCUUAUGAAAGAAUAUAUAUUACUACCAUACCCAUUGGACUAGU